AUGGGAUCCGGAAACUCGAAGGAAGACGGCAAGUCGGAGCCGAAAACUCACUACCCCUACAGCGGCAACCGUCCAGUUGCUGAUCCGUGUCAGCUCACCCGACGCGCUCUUGAAGAUUGCCUCUACGGAGAUGGCCCAGAGGACUCAUGCAAGGCAUUGAUCGAUGCACACCGUAAAUGCCUUCGAGAUUUGGGACCGUCUUAUCCAUUUGACUACAAAAAAUCUUCG